AUGAGACUUUUGAUUUUGUACAUGACUUCACUGGUGAUGGGGAGUAGGAUGGUUAGAAUUACUUCAAGAAACCAUCCAAACUUGGGCAUAGUGAUUGUACCCUCAAAAGCCAACGGGAAGGGUAGUGUUAGAAUGCUUAGUACCAAAGAAAAUAGAAAGAUGGAACAGCAAGGAACUUUCAAGAUUAAUAAGGGAAUGACGGAGGUCUCACAAGGGGAAUCCAAACUUUGUAAGAAUGAGAAAAACGAUGAUAUUGAUGUUUGUACAGGAAGCGAUGAGCUUUAUUCAAAAUGGAGAUUAGUUUCCGAAGAUGGUGGCGUCAGAUUCAAAACGGAAAAUGACAUAUGUCUAGAGACGGUUGAAGACCAAUCGGUAUCGGGGGGUGUAAGGUUGGCUGGUAGAGAAUGUAAAUUGAACACGAAGAGCCAGCUCUUUGACUUGAAGUUUGCUGAGGAAGAUAGCCAAGAUUCUGAUGAGGCUGAAUUCAGCAAAAGCUCUCCGAAAGACUUGCCUUUGGAGGAACUACUUCCUUUCUUGCUUUAUGGGAAAGAACCAGUGUCAAAUCAGCGCAUAAUUUUAUAUGAUAGUCAGGGGAAAAAGAAAGCCUCUUUCAAAGGACCCGUAAGCCCACUCAUGGUAGCCAGCUUAAGUUCUGGUAUUCUACCACAUUCUAAUAAGGUAUCUGCACCUUAUUCUGGUUCUAGGCCAUUGUCAAACCCAAACGCUCCCGAGAAUGAAGUUGCAAUCACACCGAACUACGCAGACUAUGGAAAGUUUUACUAA